AUGCCUCUCAACCCUUACAAAACUUCACCAUAUCACUCAAAGAGUGUUAAGAGAUGGCAACAUCUUGUUCGUAAAAACGCGUCUCUUCGCACUAUGUCGAAAUAUGAGAUGACUAUUGUUCAUUCUCUUGUUCGCCGACACCUCCGUGUCUUGAUGGGCCGAGAGUCCAAUCAAGCACCCAUCCCACCCUCGCUUUCAGGACCUGAGAAAGAGGGUUUGCUCGAACGGUUCCCGGAAGGCGAUCCAAUGCCUGUCGGCUGGCGCCAAAUUGUCUUGCCUGUCAUCUUGGAACAAUUCAAUCUCCUCGCUCGGAAGUAUAAAGAUCAAUGCAACAACCCAGAGGUACUUGAGUAUCACUACGUAGUUGCCCAGAAAAAAAAGGUUUUGGAACAAUAUCGGGCUUACAUGAUCAAAUCGGGUGCUAGUCCUCGCUUGGUGUCCAUCUUUCAGCCUAGAAACUACUCCCUUCUCGGAGAUUUCUUCGAAGUCAAAGUUUCGGCCGCGAUCACUUCCGUCAAUGAAGUACACUUCUUGGUACCUAAAUGGUGGUCUAAGGAUACCUUGUCGUUCAUCGAGACGAUUGAGAAACAUGUCCACUUUAAUUCAACCUCUCGCAGCGAUUAUCCCGGAACGAUUCGACCUGCUCACAAGUACAUACCCACGGACUCAAAGGAUUACGGUGUCGUAACUCGUCACCUUCCUUCCGAUAUGUAUAGCAACGAUUUCGAAGACGCGGGAAACGAUUAUUACACAAGUGACGAAGAUGUGUCUGAUGUAGAGCUUGAAGACAAUUCCGAGAUAGAUUCCAAAACACACCCGUCUGAUACUACUAGACUCCAAGAUGAAAUCGAGAGCUUAAAGGGCGACUUACAAAAAUCGAACAACACUCUUUUGGAGUUCCAAAACCAAAUACAACAGUUGAUGCCCAUACGCUUGGAAGAAUUGAUGAAAGCAAAGGAAGACAUCAAUAUUAUCAAGGCGAAGCUUGAUUCGUUGCAGAACGUGGGAGGAGGUGCUCAACUCGAAAAUUCCGAAGCUGAAGUGCAAGGAGUUGGUCAACUCAAAAAUUCCGAAUCUGAAGUGCAAGCUGGUGCUCAAUUCAACACUGCCGAAACUGAAGUGGAUGUGGGAGGAGGUGCUCAACUCGAUACUUCCGAAAGUGAAGAACUUGAUGUUCCACAACCUAUGCACUUGAGCAUUGAAAGCUCUCUCUGA